CCUGGAGAGAGCUGACGCCCGCCAUUUUGUUUCGCGUCUUCGUCUUUGAAAUCAUCUCUGAAGUAUUGUCGAGAUUUUACGGAAUCUAAGAAGCCGUGAAGACCGCUAACCUCAACCGACUUACAGAACAAAAAUGGAAGAUUCCAGUCGUGAACAUUCUUCGGUAGAGCUGUGUGUUGGACAUCCUGGGAAAGAGAUGGACCAUCCUGGACAAUCUGAGAACGAGAGUGACCACACAGAAAACCCUGGGAAGGAGAGUAACAGCAGGGAGACCCAGACAACAGACAUGGGCCUGCAGCAGGAAACGUGUGAUGUGAACUUUCCCCAACCUGACAACACAUCAACCUCACAGGUACUAGUACAGGAGAGCAGAGGCAAUGUGGAAAGGCAUGUGGUUAAACACAUGGGUGAGAAACCCUACAGGUGUGGGGAGUGUGGAUACAGAUCAGUUCAAAAGUCUGACUUAACCAAACAUAUGAGAAUCCACACAGGAUUAAACAAACAUCUAACAAAACAUACUGGCGAGAAACCCUACAUGUGUGGGGAGUGUGGGUUCAGGACAACUCAUAAAGAAAGCUUAUUUCGACACAUGAGAACCCAUACAGGAGAGAAACCCUACAAAUGUGACCAGUGUGACUAUUCUGCCGCACGGAAAUCCACUUUGGACAACCAUACAGUAGCAAAACACAGUGGCGAGAAACCCUACAUGUGUGGUGAAUGCGGAUAUAGGACAGUUGAAAAGUCUACCUUGUCCCGACAUAUGAGAAUCCAUACAGGAGAAAAACCCUACAAGUGUGACCAGUGUGACUAUUCUGCAACAGAGAAAUCUAGUUUGGUCAAACAUAUAAGAAAACACACUGGUGAGAAACCCUACAUGUGUGGGGAAUGUGGGUUCAGGACAGCUAUGAAGUGUAACUUAUCAGUACAUAUAAGAUCCCACACAGGAGAAAAGCCCUACAAGUGUGACCAGUGUGAAUAUUCUGCUGCACAUAAAUCAACUUUGGACCAACACCUAGAAAAACACACCGGUCAGAAACCCUUUAUGUGUGGGGAAUGUGGGUACAGAGCAGCUCAAUGGCAACACUUAUACCGUCAUAUGAGAACCCACACUGGAGAAAAACCCUACAAGUGUGAGCAGUGCGACUAUUCUGCUGCACAGAAAGGCCAUUUGGACCGACACCUAAUGAAACACACCGGUGAGAAGCCUUUCAUGUGUGACGAGUGUGGGUACAGGACAGCUCGCAAGUCUACCUUAAUCCGACAUAUGAGAAGCCAUUCAGGUGAAAAACCUCACAAGUGUGACCAGUGUGAUUUUUCCGCAGCACAGAAACAUCAUUUGAUCAACCAUCAAACUAGACAUUCCAGUGAGUAACUCUACAUGUGCGGGGCCGGGGAGUGCUGGUUCAGGGCAGCUCAAAGAUCUAACUUGUCCCGACAUAUGAGAUCCCACACAGGAGAAAAACCCUUGUGACUAUACUGCUGCAACGUACCAAACUCUCAUUUGACCGACAUUUGAGAAAGCACACAGGUGAAAAGUCGUAGAUGUGCGGAGUGCGUUCAUACAGGGCAAAUGUCUAAAUAGCCAACAAGAAGAGAACUCAAAGAGGAGAAAAAAACAUUAUUAUUACCCGUUAAACUACUCUGUGCCUCAGAUAUGGCACCUUUAUCUACAAUUCAAAUGUUCGAAACAAACUAGAUUUACAAAGGUGACAAAUACAGCGUGCAGUUUUUGAGGCAAAAGCAAAGGUAUUAUGGCGAAAGUCCCCCCCCCCCCCACCACCCACAACGUUACUUGUGUUCAUCUGGGCUCGAUCCACAGUGUAUAUAAUGACAAUGAAGUUUAUUGCAUAUUCAUGCCCCAUUGGGGCUAAAUGCAGUCAGUGUGGCACAAAGGGAGUAAACGGAAAACUAUACAUGUACUACAUACACUACAAUUUACAUGCUUCCUCUCUCCUCUUAAAGUAUGUGUAGACGAACUUACAGAGUUUUUCCAGUAUAUCGUAGUUAGAUAAUGGCAUAAGGUAUUUGAACAGAUCUUUCUUCGUUAGGUGCGCAUAUUUAUAAGAGGCUGACAUAUCCAACAAAAGCUGGCGAGGUUUAUGGCAAAUGUGCCGAACCAGACCGCUUUGACCUCUAAAGUCGAUGUAGGCUUUGUGUGUCUGCUUUAAGCACGAUGGUAUAGACAUUUCCUUUUAACAUGUUUUUUUUAAUAUAAAUAUUGGUGACCAUAAGAAUAUCUAAACUUCGUUUUAGUAUUAUUAGUGGGUUUGGUUUAUUUGGUUUCAGUCUAAUAUUCUUUUGAUUAUAAAAUAACCCAAUAUAAUUGUAAUAAUAUGCAAAUUGUGUAUAUUGCGCAUGGACUUAUUAUUCUGUUCACUAGUAUUCUUUGUGUUUUAGCGCAUACAUGCAGCAAUAUAGAUUGUACUAACAAGUUUGAGAACUCGGCUUGAUUUUGUUGAGAUCUUUCAAAUAAAGUCAUUGCAGGCAAAGCUU